GUUGGUGAAAGGUAUAGUAAUGGACCAUGGUGCCAGGCAUCCAGACAUGAAGAAACGUUCGGAAGACUGCUACAUUCUCACAUGCAACGUUUCUCUAGAAUACGAGAAAAGUGAAGUUAACAGUGGUUUUUUCUACAAAAGUGCUGACGAGAGAGAAAAACUUGUGCAGGCUGAAAGAAGUUUCACAGAUGAUAGGGUGAACAAAAUAAUUGCCUUCAAGAAGAAAGUUUGUGAGGGAACGGAUAAAGGCUUCAUUGUCAUAAAUCAGAAGGGAAUUGAUCCAAUGUCUUUGGACAUGUUUGCCAAAGAGGGAAUCGUAGGUCUGCGACGUGCCAAGAGACGUAACAUGGAGCGUUUGUCUCUGGCCUGCGGGGGUACUGCUAUGAACUCAGUUGAUGAUCUCACUCCGGACUGUCUCGGUCAAGCUGGUCUAGUUUAUGAACAUGUUCUGGGAGAAGAGAAGUUCACAUUUGUUGAAGACUGUAAGCACCCCAAGUCAGUAACCCUCCUGGUUAAAGGGCCAAACAAGCACACACUCACACAGAUCAAAGAUGCCAUAAGGGAUGGACUCAGGGCUGUCAAGAAUGCUUUGGAAGAUGGAUCUGUGGUAGCUGGUGCUGGGGCAUAUGAAAUUGCUGCUCAUGCUGCUCUUAUGAAGUUCAAGGACACUGUGAAAGGUCGAGCCAGGCUUGGUGUCCAAGCUUAUGCAGACGCCUUGCUGAUAAUCCCCAAGAUCUUGGCAAUCAACUCUGGCUUUGAUGCACAAGAGACCAUAGUUAAACUGCAGGAGGAGUAUGCAGCUGCCAAUCAACCUGUUGGUCUAGAUAUAUCAUCAGGGGAAGCAUUAGUACCUUUAGACGCUGGUAUACUGGAUAACUAUAGAGUGAAAAAACAGCUUUUACAUUCUUGUACUGUGAUAGCAAGCAAUUUACUCCUGGUGGAUGAAAUCAUGCGAGCUGGAAUGUCUUCCCUUAAAGGAUGAUCUUGACAUAAUAUAGGACUCUUAGUAUUAUCUAGUAUCAGUGUUAUUAUCUAUUUGCCUCUAUCAGUGCUUGGAUGUCAUGACAUUUGUCUCCUGUAAAAUGGACAGAUGUUUGAUAAUGUGGAUGCUACCU